AUGGCCGACAGAUAUUCCUUCUCGCUUACCACUUUUUCGCCAAGCGGCAAACUAGGUCAAAUAGAUUAUGCUCUUACUGCCGUAAAACAGGGUGUGACUUCUCUUGGUAUAAGAGCUACCAAUGGAGUGAUUAUCGCGACUGAGAAAAAGUCUACCUCGUCACUAGCCUUAACGGAAAGCCUUUCCAAAGUUGCGCACAUUACGCCUGACAUAGGCGCUGCAUACUCAGGCAUGGGUCCAGACUUUAGAGUCCUUAUUGACAAGUCUAGAAAGGUGGCACACACCCACUAUAAGCGAAUCUACAACGAAUAUCCACCCACCAAGAUCUUGGUCGCCGAAGUGGCAAAGAUUAUGCAGGAAGCGACGCAAUCUGGCGGUGUGAGACCCUUCGGUGUGUCUCUGCUAGUUGCGGGCUAUGACGAGCACAAUGGCUACGGGCUAUACCAGGUUGAUCCCUCUGGAUCUUACUUUCCUUGGAAAGCGACAGCUAUUGGCAAAGGGGCCACCGCGGCUAAGACUUUUUUGGAGAAGAGAUGGAAUGACGAGUUAGAACUCGAAGAUGCUAUUCACAUUGCGCUGCUGACUUUGAAAGAAUCCGUAGAAGGUGAAUUUAAUGGCGACACGAUAGAAAUUGCCGUGGUGGGUGAAGAGAAUCAGGAUCUCUUGGGCUUCACUGGCGACCCUAGUGUAAAGGGCCCACGCUUCCGCAAGCUCACUGCGCAAGAAAUUAACGAUAGGUUAGAGGCUCUAUAA